AUGUCGAGAAUUUCCGAUAGAUACGGCUCCGAAGUCCAGAAGCUCUCAGCUGAGACCCCUAUUGAGGAUAUCAUUUACCUUUUGAAGCGCGAUGGCGGUGUAUUUGUUAAGGGGCUUGUGGCCGUUGAGGACGUCGACCAAUCUUACGAAGAGUGUCGUGAGCGCCUCGAAAGCGACGUUGAGUGGAAUGGGUCAUUCUUUCCAAAGGAAACCCAACGAGCACCAGCCCUCCUUGCUCUCAGCCCCACAUACGCCAGAACCCAGAUGAUGAAUCCCAUAUAUCAGAAGGUGUGCGAACACUUUCUGACCACUCGAAACUGGUUCUGGUGGGGCAACGAGAAAAAGGAGUCGGUUUCGAAGCCGUAUGUCCACUCUUGCACUGCCAUGAGGAUUGGACCAGGCGGAAAAGCCCAACCCCUCCAUAGGGAUGACUACAUCAGCCACAACCACCACCAGGAGAUAGAGGCAUGGGAUGAUGAACGAGACAAGAACCGAGAGACUGCAGUAGGCCUUUUCGUGGCCGGAAGCAAAGUCACAAAAGAGAAUGGAGGCACCCAGUUCAUACCUCGCAGCCACCUCUGGGGCACCGACAGACACUUGCCACCACGAGUUGACGAGUGCAUUUAUGCUGAGAUGGACAAAGGCGACGCUUUCAUCAUGCUGGCCUCAGCAUAUCAUGCCGGCGGACAUAACACCACACAAAACGAAAAACGACUGGUUUUCGCGACGUUUUCCAUUCGAGGAUAUCUACGACAAGAGGAGAAUCAGUAUCUCUCCGUUCCUCAAGAUAUUGCGAAGAAUUAUGACCGGCCCAUUCAGGAAUACAUGGGUUAG